AUGAUCAAAAGCCUGAAUGUUACAAAAUUGAUUUAUGUAAAUUUAUGCAAUGGACGUGUUUUGCAUGUUAAUUCUAUUGGAUUUGAUACUGCUUUUAUCGCAAUAAUUGAUUUAUUGGUGCUAAUUAUGUGUGUUGCUUCUGUUAUUCUUUGUCUUAGAGCAUUAGUUAGAGCACAUUUGUUGAAAAACACAACAAGUGAAUUCUUUGAAAAGGCAUUUAAAAGACGUUUACCAAUUUCGGAUCAAUGGGAAUUCUUUAAUUUGUGGUAUGGGAUGAUUGUUGUGAAUGAUAUUUUGAUAAUUAUUGGAACAAUAAGUAAGGCAACAAUUGAAUUUCGUGAUUUCGAUUCUGAUUUGUUUACAUUAACUGGCGUUGUUUUAGGUAUUGGAGCACUUUUAGUUUAUAUUGGAUUACUUCGAUAUUUUGGAUUUUUUAGUCAAUAUAAUAUUUUGGUGCUUACUUUGAAGAAGUCACUUCCAUCAAUCCUUCGCUUUAUGGUCUGUGCUAUUAUUCUGUAUUCUGGAUUUCUUAUUGCCGGAUGGGUUGUUAUUGGACCUUAUAGUAUGAAGUUCCGAACAUUGGCACAAUCAUCAGAAGCACUUUUUUCGCUCCUGAAUGGAGAUGAUAUGUUUGCAACAUUCUACACAAUUAGUGAUGCAAAUGCUGCAAUUAAAUUAUUUGGAACUAUUUAUAUAUAUGCUUUUGUAUCAUUAUUUAUCUAUGUUGUUUUGUCAUUGUUUAUAGCUAUUAUAAUGGAUGCUUAUGAGGUUGUCAAGAAUCGAUACAAUCAAGGUAUGGAUUUGGAGCGCUCUAUCCUUCAAGAGUUCCUUGCUAGCGAAGAUAUGCCCGACGUCAACACCUCAGAGGCAAGAGAAAUAUUUGCAACGGAUCAAUUACUUCAAUUAGGUCAGUUUUUAUUAUAGGGUUCUUCGAAUUCUUCUAAAUGCACAACUGAAGAGGAGGCGACUGUAAACAAUGAAACCCCACUUUGAGUAUUUGGUUUUGUCUUGCUCUUUUGUUGUGCUUCUUUAUUGGGCUGAAAUGAUAUCAAAAUACCUAUAUUUGAAAUAUGUUGUAGAAAUAUUUGUGAUAUAUUUUUUGUGAAGAUUUUUAAUUGAAUGUUGAUAACUAAAUUA